UUAAACAGUUCUUUCCCAGUUAUUUUGCUUUUUGCUGCCUUUCCAUGCGUUCCUAUCCUGUUUAGAGCUGGUAUUUUAUACUUUUUAUUUGUAGUGUGCAUGGUUCUACAGAUAUUAAGAAAAACAUGCUGAAGAUUCACCGUGGGGCAUGGCUAUUUCUGUUAGAAGCUGAUACUUAAGGCUGAGCUUUAAGUGUUGACUCUGGAAGGCCUUAGGUUGCUCUGGAAGGGCAGGAGUCUGCAGAGGAAACAGAAAGUUCAGAGGGGUGCAAAAGAAGAAGGAACAGAAUUAGAAAAAGCAGAGGACCUCCCUUGUUCUCACUCUGCAGCUCCUGCAAGAGCCAGAAACCCAGAAGUAUUAUCUAAGCUUCCACAGUAGAUCUUGACCUUUUUAACAGAGUAUCUCUUACCAUCACCACCAUGGCCGAGAUUGCAGCAGAAGGACAUAUGUCUACAACCACAACAAUAAUAGAUGGUAAGAAUGGAUCCGUUCCCUCAUCAUCCAUGAAAGUGGGCAAGAAAUCAGUUAUGGAAGACCUCGUGACAACUUUCAGCUCACCAGCAGCAUGGCUUCUUGUUGUUGCUCUGAUUGUUACCUGGUCAGCAGUAGCUAUUGUAAUGUUUGACUUGGUGGAUUACAAAGCCUUUGCAGGAAGAUCUGUUAACAAGCUCAGCACAGAACCACUGAGAAUCAUUCAUGAGACAUUGGAAGAAUCCACUGAUUGGCUUUAUGGCUUUAUUUCUUUACUGUCUGACAUCGUAUGGAGUGAUGAUGAUGACAGUGAUGAAGGUGAAGUGGAACCUUCCCUGAAAAAAGAAAUUCACAAACAGAAACUGGAGAGACAUGAAAAACAAACACCACCGAAGGUAAUCCACAGAGACAAACCUGAAAAAGAAGAAAAAAUUGAGAGAAAGGAACCCCUAAAAGUGACGCAUAAAGACAAGCUGGAAAGACAAGAAAAACCUGAGAAGAAGGAAAAGCAUGCAGCUAUUCACAAAGAGAAACCUGAAAAGCCAGAAAAAUAUGAAAAGAAAGCACCUUCUAAAGGUAAUGCAGAUUAUUAUUAUUAGAUGCUAUACAAUUGUAGAUUUUCAGUGCUUACAUAGUUCUGGAGAGUGUGGAGAUGAACAUUUAAAGUAUAAAGCUCUUCUAGUCUAUGCACCAUGGUUUUGGGUGCUCUCACUUUUGCUUGAGCAGGUCUCGAUCAGCCCCAUGGUGAGGUCUUGCUCAGCAUAUAUUUUUUGCUUAGUUCUCUUGUUUUGAUGCCCAGGGGUAAUUAUGAAUCAUUCUCAUGCAGCUAAAGAAAUAAGCCUAUGACUAUUAUAUUUGCAUUCCUUUAUGUCUUUUACUCCACAAUGGGAUUCAGUAAUUUGCCUGUAGAGGAGGCUUUCUCUUGUGUAUCAAUUUUCAGUCUGGUAUAGACCUAAUAGAAGAGUGUUUACUUUCUCCCAGUCUGGGUCUUCCAUCACAUCCAAAAAUAGAUUUUCAUUUUCUUACCUUUAUUUUUUUGCAAUAACAUUUUCAUUUCACUAUAUGAUUUGUACUGUCCUCCAUGGGAGAAGGGGCUUUCGUUAAGAUUUACAUAUCUGUUAAUUAUCGUAUAUAUUCUGAAGCAAUAUCAUGUAUGAGAGGUGAUUUUCAAUAUUCUUUUGACUGAUAAUUCCAUCUUUAGCCAUGAUUUGGACAGGGGGAUUUAAAAAUUCAAUCUACUUGCCCUGUUAUGACAUUGUUUAAAGACAAACAUUUAUUAUUGCUUGACAUUUGAAUGUUUUUUACUCUGAGCUUGUUCGGGUUUUUUUAACAUGCAUUGCUUUUUGGAAGCCAGAUAUUUCUAUACUGAAGUUGGGUUUCAACCUUUACCUCUUCUUACUUUUACCCAGUUAACUCUUGAAAAAACACUAUGCAAUGUAUCUUAAUAUCAGUCUGUUAUGGCAUUCAGAUUAAUCUCAUGAUAAUGGGAUGCAUAAAUUAAUUAGAUUUCAUUUGAAUCUGUUCAGACAAUAUAGAUUCAAAUGUACAAAUCAGUCUUUAUUGUACUUGACCUUACUCU